AUGCACAUAGGUAAUAAGCUGCUCCGCCACUGCGCAACGAUGGAGCUAUCGCAACGAUGGAGAUGACGCAAACAGACCCAGCUCUCCGAAAAAGUGUUUCAAGACGAACAUGGCGGCAACUUAACCGCGGUCCAAGAUGACAAUGGCCAACGGGAGAAAUGAUUCUAGGCUUUCCGCCCAGGUACGGGACAGAGAAACCAGCCUGCGUGCAUCGAAAGGGCUCGUUGCUCUCCUUUAAGUGAAUCUGCAAAGCGAACGGCUGCAGACGCGCAGCAUCAGUACCGAGAGGCUCGCAACAGCUGGUCUCCCUGCGCCCCCGACUAGAGAACAAACCCGGGGAAGGGACGAUAAGGAGAGGGGGCAUGCGGUCAAAGAGGACGCCGUUUCCCCCCGGAGAGCCAUGGAGAACCGGGAUGCGGCAGCGCGAAGCUUAAUCUGUGCGGGCGCGCUAAUUGGAUCGGAAUAGCACCGAUUGUUGCGGGCGCGAUUGAGGAGCGCCCUGGACCGGCGGAGGCACGGCACCCCACCGUUACAGAGGAGAACCAACCGGAGUCCAUCUCCCCCCAAGUCAAUGAGUAUUGUGGCAGAGCAGCCCCCGCGGUGGAGUCGGCCAGGGCAGCACUUUCCUAAAAUAUGACCAGGGGUGCUUGGAUGCGUCGGCAGCAUGAUGAAGGCUUAAAAUUCUGGUUUGCACCCCGAGAGAACGAGAAGCCAUUUACCGAGUCGGAGCGGGCCCAGAGAUGGCGACUGUCGCUGGCCUCUCUGCUGUUCAUCACCGUCCUGCUCUCUGAUCACUUGUGGUUCUGCGCCGAGGCGAAACUGACGCGAACCCGAGACAAGCGGUCGGACGAGGGGCUUGCAAUUACGGACAUGGGCGAGUACCCAAACUCCCAACACCAACACCAUAUCCAAACAUCACCUGACCCCCACCGUCUCGCCAGAGAGCAAGAUGUUAUUUUUCUAGGGAAUUCUACCAAACCUCUGUGGCGAAUGGACACCUGUCACCCUGACAGCCUGUCCAAAGACUGCUUUACUUUCACGGACGCGGAGACCGUGUGCCUGGGCCUCUCCGGUGGAGGGGAAAAGGGGACACAGUUGGCGUACGUGAAUCUGAGCGAUUUAUACCUUUCUUUUUGUAAUUCCUACUCACUUUUGGAUUUGUUUUACGGGUUUACGAGUCCGGACGAUUUGAAUUGCACCCUGGAUAUGGCCAUGGGGGUUGAUCUGCUGGGAUGCACAAAGUGUGUGCAGGCUUAUCAGAGUCUUGACCAGCUGGCGGAGGAGAACUACCGGGAGUUUGAACUGCUGGUUCAGAAAUACGAGACGGAUGCAUACUCGGUUAGGACGUGCAUGGAGGAAUGCAAGAUGGUGUAUAAGCCGUGGCUGUGUUCUCAGUACUUCCAGACCACCCAGAUGCACUGCAGUAAGCGAAUCCCCUGUGGUCAGUACUGCCUGGAGGUGCAGCAGCGGUGCCCCUUCGUCCUGCCCGACAAUGAUGAUCUCAUUCAUGGAGGCAGCCCCAGUUUUAUAUGCACAGGGCUGCUGGAGGACUAUCCAUCAGGUGUGGACCCAGAUGCAGAGUGCUGUGACGUGCGGUGGGACUUGAAAGUGGACAACCGUUCCCGGGGUACCCUGAAAAGAACUCACCCGCCAUGCCAGCACCGUACCUCCCUCAGCUCCUCGGCAGCCUGCAGACUGUGUAACAGCCGGCUCAAACUCUGCCUGCUGGUCCUCGUCCUCCUACACACUGUUGCCAGCCUCACUGCAUCCCACAAUGCAACAGGACUGGGCCUCCCCGCCAUCACGCCUCUGGAGGAGAGCCCUGCCAACGAGGAGUGAUAGAGCUGCCAGGAGGAGGUGAGGUUGUUGGGGUGGGGGAUUCCCUCGCCAUGGCAACCAAGUGUGGAAAAAUACAUCCACAGUUGUGCUAACGGCUGGAGCUGUGUGCCUGUGGACAUUCUGCAACGCUUUCUGGCAAAUGGGAAAUGUGGGACGCUUUGAGACGAAAGACACACAAAUCAAUCAAAAUAAACAAAUACGUAAACAAACAGACAUACUAAGGGACUCAACCAGUCCCUUAGAUAGAAAGGGGACAAUGCCACAGCCUUUGUUGAGUGGGAAGGUCGGCUUCCUCAUGGCUGAGUUUCUCUCACUACGCUUUUUUACACUGUGUUCCAAUUAUUGGUUUCUGUUGCACUGGCUGACUAUGGAAUAACACAAUCAUAUUCUCUUUCUUAUGUUCAUCCUUUGUGUUUGUUUUGGGGUCUCUCAUACAGGAAGAAAAUGUGUUCUCUAAAUAAGACAGAUAAUGUGUAAAAAAAAUAAUUAGCUGCAAGUGGUGAGUGUGUGAUUGUUUCUGUCUCUAGAUUUUGCUGUGUGUGUGUACGAGCAUGCAUGGGCGUGUGUGUGCUUGUGUGCAUGUCUUUACGUGUGUGUGUGUGUGUGUGUGUGUGUGUGUAAGAGAGAGAGAGAGGAUGAAUGUGUUGCUGACAUGGACCCUAAAAGUCUACCUAACAGGCUGGUGCAGCGAUGAUGCCCCCACCGCCCCCCUCCUCAGAUGUCACUUAGCUCUGCCAUGCUGGUUUGUUGGCCACAAUCCCAUUAAGAUUUCAUUGGGUUUUGAAUGGGGUUCGGAUGUCCAUCAUAAGCACUGUGUUUAACACAGGUUUAUGGUUUUCCCUCACUUUGUUUUGUGAGAUAAUAUUUAUAGAUGUUCCUAUACUAUUUUUUCCUCAUUGAUUCCGAUACCUGAAUUUUGCGUAUCGGCUGACAGCAAAUAUCAGUCCGAUACAUGCGCGUUUUGAAAUAGAUAUACAGUAAAUAUUUAUUAACUAACCUGUAUGAUUGCUAUCUUUGUUGUAUGGCCUGGCUUAGGUCAAACCCUUUGUCAGAGUAGGUCAUAAAUUCACUAUCUAGAAAAAAUGGCAUAUCGGGCACUGCUAGGAAGUAUAAUAAUAUUUACCUAUUAACACCCUUUUCGAGGAUCAAAACAUUUCUAUAAUUAGCAUUAGUGAAAAGCUAACACCUGGCUAAACUGUGAAAAAACAUGGGGAACAAAUGGGAUGCAUACUUCCAAUGUUACCAAUGCUCAGUGUCUCGAAGGAUAUCUUGAUUCCUAUCACAGCACUGUAUUCACUUGCUUUCAGAAAGUGGGACGACAGUGAUAAAAUGAGAUCUCACAGUGAAGAGACACUAGCAUUCACUGUUUAAACAAACCUCUGGUUAGUCAACUUAAGACUGAGUGUGCACACAUCCUGUGCAAUCUGCACAGUGCACUCUUAUUUAGAUAAUCUGGCUAAACUGAAUUCUUUCCCCAAUAAAUUUCAUUGCAGCAAUGUUGAUCAGUAGUUGUUGAGAAAAAUGUUAUUAUAAAAAAAAGAAAUGAUGGCCAUAACUACAAAAGUAAGAUGCAAGCUGUAAUAAACCAGAAGGAUCCUUUAAGUUUCAGGCUAUUACUAUGAUAGGACCGGGUCAUAUAAACAAAAUAAGCAUCAGAAUAAUUUAAAAUCAUUACAAAUUGACCAUAAAUAAUUAUUGAUUGAUUAUUAUAUGUUGAAUUAACAUGGUUUAACGCUGCUAAACUAAAGCAUUAGCCUUCCUCGUGUUGCACUCUGCUGUGUUUUGAAUUAACAAAAAGUAAUUGGAAGUAAACAUUGUGACAUCAGCAAAUAUAGGAGGGUCAGGGAACCGCUACGCUGGUGUUGGUAAAUAUUUUAUUCACUACCAUUUAAUAAUGCUAUUACUAUUACUAUUAAAGGCACUAGCUCACUAAUUAGUGCACAUGAAAGCUAAAUAAGCACACAGAAUAUUUUUAUCUCACAGAACAAAACAUGAAAUUGUGUUAAGCUUGUCUUAACCAAAGAUGUGAUUUCAGGCAUUUUACCAAAACCUCAUUCAGAUUCUGGUCACUUUUCAGCAACGUUGCUGAGCAAAGUUAACUGACAUCAGGAUUUUAGCAGUGGAUUUUAGCUGCAGAUGACAAAGCUUUUGUUAUUUUAGAGUUUAAAGGUAGAAUCCAAUCAAAAUAAUGUUGUAACAUAAAAAAGAUGGUUACUGAAGGUUCUUCUGUCUUCUCUGCCUCAAAAGCCUCAGUUAUUUUCUGUCUCCCUGCUGGUGGCAUUUGAUUAAUAAUCAAAUGUAAAAAGCAGUUCAAGUAUAUUUCAUUUUAUUCUAUCACCACUACUGCAAAUAACUCAAUUUACUGUUUGCCCUUGAACCAACGCUGACGUCUGUAUGAGUGGUGUCAUUUUAACCUCAGGCCUUUUUAUCCACAGGAAACAUGACUUAAGGACUUUUUAUUAUGAUUGAACUGAACUGUAAUUUCCAUGCAGUUAUAAUGAAGCUAAUAUCAACAUUUUGCUAGGAAAGGUAGCAUGCUACCUGCAGUAUAAAGGAAAAAACCCAUAACAUUAAUAUUAGACUGGUUAUACAAUAAUGACAUUCUACAUCACACCAACAGACACAAUUUGUUCAAAAUGGUCAGUUUGUUUCUGUUGAAACAAAAUGUGUAAUCCAUUUUCAGGAACUGCAUGUGGAGGCUCUCUGAAAGGUUAUCACGGUCUCUUUUGUUGAUUUUUGUUCUCAGCCCCAAUCCACACCACAUCUGAUCCCAAAUCAGCUCCUGUAGCACGCCCACCGUCUUGUACUUUUCUCUUCAAAUGUCUCAUUGAGUAAAGGGCUUAUUAAGAUAUACAGUACAGACAUUACCAUCAACAUGGUCAGACACACUUGACAACAUGCACAUCCAAAUUGUUAGCAGAGAAAAGUUAAAAUAACGUGGCUCAUUUCCGUUUUUUUUUUUUUUUUUUCCUAUACACCUGCAGUACAGAGGUGUUCCACUGGCUGUUAGCUGGAGAGCAGUGGAGAGCAGGAACAGAAACAAAUCCAGAGAGAGGAGCGCGUCACUGUUUGUGUAAGCACUAAUGGCCUAAUCUGAUAAUCGUCUAAGUCAGCUGACACUGUUUAUUUUACAAAUGUUGACCAGCAUGUGAACAGAAAGGAAUGGUGUGACCUUAAGGGCUGACUUCUUCUUUUAGUUUUUAGAUUUUCUUUGGUCUCUUCGAUGAACAAGGCUGUGAGAUCAGGUAUUUGAAGAUAAACAGAUGUUGCUGAAUGCAUUUUUUUUCACUCUCAAGUAUGUUGAUUACUUAAAUGAGAUGUCCAAUCCAAUAUCUGAUGUCAAUUUUAUUAUAUAACUUAUAUGGGGAUUUAAAAUUCAUCAUUAAUCACGCCAUGUCUAUAUAACCAGAAUGUUGGCUUCUUUUGACACUUAUGCUGUUUAGACCCUGCCCCACUCUAGACUUCACCAUUCCUGCUUGCAUGAAAUACAUAACUGCUCAUUGUCAUUCAGCACAGCACACCCAUGCCCAUCUUGGAUGACCGCAUCCAGUGAUAGAAAAAUGCUGCUAUUCUAUUGGCGACCAGUAGAUGGAGAUAUUUUUAUUCUUUUAUAUUGCUACUGCUGCUGAAGACCUACCACACAAGGACUGUCAUAUACACAGGAUUCAGGAAAGCCAAGUUCUGGAAGACAAGGUGAUGGGCCGGCGGAAAAAAGUGUGCUGUUGUGCGUGCGUGUGUGUGUAAUGUCUGCGUCUGCGUACGUCUGCGUAUGCAGAGAUGUGUGUUUGUCGCUAAUUGCUGUGUGUUCUCUGGAGAACUCAUUAGCAUUGCCACGACCUUGGGGCCUGCAGGACAAGUGUGGCAAACCACCACUGUCCUUAAGCCCCACAGGGACCUGCUGCAUUAGUGGUCUCAUUAUUCACUGCAGCCCCAAAGCUGCAUGGACUGUAAGAUGAAACCAUUGUACUGUACAAUGUGUAAUAACUGUGUCAGUGCCCCAAGAAUCAAAACAGACUAGGAUAGGGGUAGAUCUAUGUUUUCCCUGCAUCUGUCUAAUUGAAUAUUCCCCCAAACCUUGUCUGAAAUGAGAUAGAAGAUGUCAGAGGCAGUGCACAGAAGUGGACAAUGACCUGAAACUGGUGCCAAAGCAAACCUUGCAUUGCGUAACAUAAACUGAAUUCAAAUCUGAUAUGACAUGCUGUUUUUCAUGACCAAACAUAGUGGGACAACAGGAGGAAAACAGGGUCUGUCAGUGUCGUAGAAAUGUGCCAUGUUAGCCAAUAUAUGGACUGCACCUCAUAAGCCUCGCACAACGCUCACCUAAAACACAUGUAAGGGAUCUCUGGAAGACAUUCUGUACAUGUGAUUUCAUUCAUCAUGUCAGCGGUCAUGCUGUGAUGUACCAUCACACACCAACUGUUGGACAUGUAUUCACAUGGUAAACCUGCAUUCAAAAGUCAUUCAAAGGCCAUGUAUGCUUUACAUGCAGAAAUGCAUCCUCGCCAUGGUUGCAUGGGUACGAAUGCUGUGCAUAUGUGUUGUCCUUCAUACCCCUUUCAGACAUGCUUGCACCAAGGAUGGACAUUUUUGUGUGCAAGAUUUCUCCCAAACAAUACUAGAAUUACAUUUGACUGAUGUAAAUCUCUGAUUUGACUUUUAUUGGUAAUGCAGGCAUGCACGCAACAGUUACUCUGCUGUUAUAAUUCUAUUUGUUGUGUGUUUUGGUUUGUUAAUUUUUUACUGCAUUAUACUGAGAAAUUGUGUAGGGUCCUUUAGAUUCAGUCUAGAUCCCCGACAAUGGUCUGUAGCAGUCGUAGGGUAUGGUCUGUCACAUUUCAUAACAUACCAACCUACAAAAACUAAUUUUGUGUUUUACCCCUGCACAUAUAUACUAUGUAUGCCUCUUGCCCCUAACCCCCUGUGCACCCACCACCAAAUGGUAUGUACACAAAUAUUGCCCUCUUUCACUCCCUCUCAGCCUCUCUCUGUUCUCACAAUAGUUCCGUUCUCUAUCCUGUGGAUCUAUGCAGAAGCCCAUUCCUUUUUUGGUUGUAAAUACGUUCCCUAGUAUGCUGAACAAUGUAUGUCUUUGCGUCCAGGUUUUCUUGUGUAUUUUGAGUUGAUGUCAUGCCGUUACUUCCUUCUUCUUCUUCUUCUAAUUCUUUUUUUAUUUUAAGCGUCUGAAAUCAUUGAUGUUAAAAGAGAAUGUGGUGAGGUUUAACCAAUAGACUUGUCCUCAGCUUUGCAACCUUAUUGUGAAAGGUUGUGGUUCUGUGUGUGUGAAAGCGAAAGAUUUAUGAUUAUAGAAAUGAAAAAGGUUCAAAGUCAUAUAGAAGUAUCAUUGCGAUUAUGAUUAUUAUGAUUACUAUUAUACUACCAGUAUAUUGUAAUAUUAUAGAUGCUUUAGUUCAAGUAACUUCUUUAAUUUUUUUACAAACAACUUUGAUGAAAUGAUUUAUAAAACAGUCUCACAAGUCAUGAUCUUUUCGAAAAGUAUGAAAACUACUGCUACAAUGAUUAAAAUUGUGUUCUGAUGAAAAUAAAUACAGACAUAUAA